GAAAAGUCCGCGCGGGGGGGAGAGAGAGAGAGAGGGGGAGAGAGAGAGAGAGCGCAGUUCCAUUUUGGGUUGGUGUUCUUUUCGCGGCGUCCCUGUUUUGCCUGUCGGCGAGGAGGAGGAGGAUGUGGAGGAAGAGUCGACCAUGCGAUGUUCCGGUGGACGGGCUGAAAUUGUAGAUCGGUGUCGUGUGGCGCCGCGCUCCCCCGCUUCAUCGGCACGACUCGCCCAAACUUUCAACUGCGCCAUUCACACUCCGGCGAGCGGAUUGCGCCGAGGCCGGGGAAACUUUCCCCCCUGCUGCCGGCCUCGUACCAAACAAAGAUUCCGGUGCCCAAGUUUUGUCGGGAAGCGUCGAGGGCUGUUGGGCAAGAAAACCCAACUCUCGUGAGAAGUUCGGCUUGGACAACUUUGCUAUAAAGCCUCCAAAUCCGGGUUGGUUGUGUUGAGUGAAAGCCGCUCGGAGGACUCCCGAGAGAGACGGACAGACCCAGACGGCGAACCGCAGCAAGGAGAGCGGCUGUCGGAGCUAACUUCGCCGAGCUAGCUCGGAGGCGAGCUAGCCAAAAGUUGACAACCAGCGGGGAAGUUGACCAAACUGACCCCCGGACGACGAAGAUGAAAACCCCGGCGGACUCGGGCUUUGCCUUCCCAGAGUGGGCCUACAAACCUGAGUCCAGCCCGGGCUCCAGACAGAUCCAGCUGUGGCAUUUCAUCCUGGAGCUGCUGAGGAAGGAAGAGUACCAUGACGUCAUCGCCUGGCAGGGAGACUAUGGCGAGUUUGUCAUCAAGGACCCUGAUGAAGUGGCCCGUCUCUGGGGAGCCAGGAAGUGUAAACCACAGAUGAACUACGACAAGCUCAGCCGAGCACUAAGGUAUUACUACAACAAGAGGAUCCUCCACAAGACCAAAGGGAAGCGUUUCACCUAUAAGUUCAACUUCAACAAGCUGGUUCUGGUCAACUACCCCUUCAUUGACAUGGGCUCUGGUCGAGGAGUACCCCAGAGUGCCCCCCCUGUGCCGACAGGGAGCACCCACUUCCGCUUUCCUCCCUCCACACCGUCCGAGGUCCUCUCCCCCAACGAGGAGCUCCGCAGCCCGGGCAUGUUCAGCAGUGUGGCCCGCCGCAUGGCCCGAGGCUCGGUCAGUGACUGCAGCGAUGGCACCUCCACCAACUCAGAGCUAGAGGAGGCGGUGGGAGCCGAGGAGCGGGGUAUGGGGCCCGAGAGAGCCUUCAGGGGCCUCCUGCACCCACGCCUGGCGCAUGACUCCCUCUUCAGGGUCUACGGAGGAGCCCCCAACCCUGCAGGGCUCCCGAGACCUGCCCCGAGGGUCCACCCCGAGCCCCUCUCCCCCUUCCCCGUCUCCCCCCUGCCUGGCCCAGGGAGUCUCCUGGCCCCGACUCUGUCCCCCGCCCUGUCCAUGACCCCCACCUCCCACCUGCCCUACACCCCCUCCCCCUCCCUGUCCUCUCCCAUGCUGGGUUCCCACUUCUCAUUCAACCCGGAGGACAUGAAGCGCUACCUGCAGGCCCACACCCAGUCUGUCUACAAUUACCACCUCAGUCCCCGGGCUUUCCUCCACUACCCCAACAUCGUCAUCCCUCAGCCCCACCGCCCCACUCCAGAGAAGCUAGGCGCCGGGCCUGUGACUGGCCCAUCAGCCGCUCAUCACCUCCAUGGCCCACCCCUGCCGCUCUCCCAUUCGCUGAGCCAGCAACCAGGAGGGGAGGAGGGACCACAUGGGCAGCAACACCCAUCACCAUUCAAGUUCAAACUUCAGCCGCCGCCCCUGGGCCGCAAGCAGCGGGAAAUGGGGAGCUCGUUGACUGCCUCUGGUGGAGGCUCAUCCUCCUCCUCUUCCUCCAGCCAGUUGUCCUCCUACCCGGGGUCUGGCCACAUCUCAAACUCUGCCUCAGCUGUAGGACCUCCUAAGAUCAAGGUGGAGCCCAUAUCAGACAUCGAGUCCGAGGAGGAGGUGGAGGUCACAGACAUCAGCGAGGAAGAUGAGCUGGCUCACCAACAUGAUGACGAUGAAGGCGACGUCUUCAGCCCGACAGCUCAACAAACUCAUCCCCAUCAUCUUGGUCUCUCUCAUCACCCCCUCUCUCACCACCUGGCCAACGGAACUGCCGUUAUCCUCUCUGCCCUUCCCCAAGGUAACCAUGACAACGGCAGCGACGACGUACAUGAAGAGGAUGAGGAUGUCUUCAAGACACCUGCCACACCCCCUCUAGGAGGAGCUACUGGCCCAGCCUUCCCUCUAGUUGGCCUGAAGAGUGAGCCGGGUCAGGGGUCAGCUCCCAUCAGCCCUGGGGGCACGCGCUGUAUCCCACUGAAGCUGCGCUUCAAACGGCGCUGGAGCGAGGACCAGAAGAUGGAGGCAGACGGAGAGAGGGAUGAGGCAGAGGACAAGAAAGUGAGGGCAGAUGAGGAGUUGGGAGAUGGGGAGGCGGUUGGGGAGGAAACAGGGAGAGGAGGAGGGCAGGUGGAGAACAGAGAAGAAGGGAGAGGAGGAGGAAGGGAUCGUUUAGGGAUAACAUUACCCCCACCCCCUACUCGACGCCGGGCAAGUUCUGAGUUGCAGAGAGCUACAGCCCAGCUGUCUCUGGAGAACACAGGCUGCUGAGAUAGAAUUACAUGCACACACACAGACACAUAUAUAUAUACACACAGACACACUUGUAUAUCAGGGGAUUUCCUACGUUGAUAGAAACAUACAUUUAGGAUUCAAAGAAGGUUGACGCAGGUCAUCUGGACGCAACGUUUAUUGGCAGAAAUUUUUCAUUGCUCAACUAAGUGACAUCUUCAGUCUCACCUGACUGCAGGUACCCCACCCUCAUAAACAAUACAGUGACUGCAGGUACCCCACCCUUAUAAACAAUAUGGUGACUGCAGGUACCCCCACCCUUAUAAACAAUACAGCACAACACAGUGCCUAACAACCGAAACCAACGACCGGUUUCAUAUGCAAAUAUGGGUGUGACCAUUGAUCAUGUGUACUAUUCACAGAGGAUUAGGGAUUGUUGCAAUCACAGCAUUGUAAGAUGGUGACAGAUGUACUCUUAGCCCCCCCCCCCCCCCCCCCCCGGUUCAGGGAUGGUCGUGCUCUCUUCACAUAGAUGCCUCUUUGACUCCCUGUUCAAUGCAGCGUUCCUCCCUAUCAAGGAUGUGCACAUCCUCAUCCCUGAAAGAGUGACCACUGGCCUGUCGAUGGUGUAGACUGUGGAGUCCUGGCCUGUAGAUGGUGUAGACUGUGGAGUCCUGGUCUGUAGAUGGUGUAGACUGUGGAGUCCUGGCCUGUAGAUGGUGUAGACUGGAGUCCUGGCCUGUAGAUGGUGUAGACUGUGGAGUCCUGGCCUGUAGAUGGUGUAGACUGGAGUCCUGGCCUGAUGUGUUAGCUCUCCAGGUUCUUCUUUGAUUUUCUUACCUGGAUUAUUGAGCAUCCAUCAAGACAUACAUUUAGGAUUCUUACCUACAUGCACAUGGAAGAAACACUCACAUCAAGGAUCCCCGACUUUGAUAGAAAUAUUUUGAACAAAUAUUACUGCACACACUCACAAACCAACAAUCCCCUACCUAGAAACACCUCUGGGAUUCUUACCAAUAUACACACACACACACACACACACACACACACACACACAUUGACAGAAGUGCCUGUGUAGCCUUACAUUUACAGAGAGACAUGCCUUUUUUUAAAGCCAGACUCCUUCCAACAUGAACACAGCAGACGGAGAACUGCUGUUGUGACCUUAAACACUAAAAAAUAAUACUUAGCUUAUAUACUGACCUAUAUGUUGAACCCUAUCUUUAACAUUAGCACCCUACAGGGUAAGGGACCCUAGAUAGGGAGCCUAGCGAGGGACCUAAUUUCCAAAUCCCUUGAGAUGUUGCACACUGCCUUCACAAUGCCCACUUGUCCCCUUGGUGCCAGUUAUGCCUAAUGAUUCCAGUAGUGCUUUUCUGUCGGGGAGUGCCUCACUUCUAAUCUGGGCACGUUCCCAGUAAAAAUAGAUGUUUGUCUCUGAUGGGAUGGACUGGUUGCUUCGGGGCUGUCUUUAAUGGAACCAGUCACAUUGUCCCCCUACAAGUAGGAUGACUGCCCAUUUUGUGUUGAGGACUGCUUAAAGAAACGGUCACUGUCUGCUAUACUGCAUCUCCCUCUUCAGUCGCUUCUCCCCCUUUCCUCUCUUCCCUUUUCCUCCCCUCCCCUCUUAUGUUUUUUCUCUCAUCUCUUAUCAGCUCUUCCCCUAUUCCACCUCCCAAUUGCAGGACAGACAGACAGGUAGACAGUCAGACAGACAGACUGACCCUGACAUUACUAAGAGUACCUGACGCAGCCUUGGCUGAGAUUACAGAAGUGCCUCUGUCCCUUCCCCUCAUCACACAGUUGUUUACAUGAUGGAGCACAGUGGAAGGAGUCCGGCCCUUGCUGGACCUGAGCUCAUGAACUUGGAAGAUGAGUAUAUUGUGAUUUUACCACAUUCAGAUAAUGCAACCCAGAGAGUGAAAGCUGUAUUGGGGCCAGAGGUGACUAUAUCUCUUCAUCACUAGAUGCUCUUUGACCGUCACCUCCUCCACCCAGUCAAAACAGUGUAUGGGGAUGUGAGGUUAGGCUGGGACAGAAUCACAAAGCUUCUGGAUGCAGGAGGGAGUCAGACAAGCUGAUGUCCUGGACUCCACUCAGUGGGUACCUGAGAUGAAACGUAUGAAAUGUAAUACUCUUCCUCCCAUGACCUCUCAUGGCACCAAGCCCUGACCUGCCACUCAAAUGACGUUGGUCAACUGACAGUUGCACAAAGUGGACAACCAGCAAAGGGGUGUGAUGCCCCGCUGUCUACGAAAAACCUAAAGACCACCUGGGCCUCCAUGGUAGAUUCUGGACCAAUGGGGCCACCGUGAUCUGUCCAUCUGUCUGUCUGUCUGUCUGUCCUUACUUCCACCAGCAUGGCACAAGGAAGCCGUUGGUGGUUUAGUGGGGAGGUGACAUGACCUGCUGGACACAGACAGAUAUGUCGCUGACAGUCCUGAGAAUCAUGAGAAUCACAUUGGACUCACAACAUUGGGCCUUGGGUCGUUGGCUCAACGCACACACUGAUGACGCGUGUGUGUUUGUUCUGAGUUGUGGGAGACCUCAUUUGACUUAGUGCAAUUUUUGAAGAAAAAAAAGGGGGGGCGACAUUGGAGGUUUAAGGGCAUUCGUGGUGUUUUCUCGUGGAUAACAAGAAAACGAAUCUACUCUCACUGGUUUUCCAUCAGUUUAAGAGACUUCCUUCUUUCUCCACAAGGACUCCAGUGCCUGUUAAGGACAUGGACAGUGUUUUGGGAGCUGUUUUUAAGGGCAUUUACGGGGGUCUGGGGUUUUGCUUAUCUCUUGUUGUUUUUGACAGUAAUUGCUUUAUGUGUGUGUUUGUACGAUGUGCUGAGAGACUGAGACCCUGCGGCUGAGCUGAAUUCUCUUGUGUUGAGGUUCCUCUGCGGGGAACCGUGGUGGGAAUGUGGAGCAUCAAGGUUAACUCAGGCGAGACCGUCGGUGAGGCGAUACCAAGCAAGUCCUUUUUUAUACCUUGAUUAUUCGAACAUGCCAGAGAGCAAAAGUUCAGCGAACAAAGAAUUCCAAGUAAGAAUGUGCCUUUUAUAACCAUAUAUUUACUUCCCAUCAUCCCUUGCCCAGUAAUGUUUAGCAUAGCACACACACACACACACACUAGUACCAUCUUGCCUUCAGUUUUUAUUAAAGAAAUACAGAAAAAGUAAAAACUACACAUAUAUUUUAGCCAGAUAUAUAUGAAAAUAAAUAUUAUAUUUCAGUACGGUGGUUUGAUACCAGUCAGGAGAUGUCUGCUAUUUUGAGCGGUAAAGGAAUGUGAAUAUAGAUUGAUAUUCUGACGGCAUGCCAUUCCCAGUACAAGUCAGCCUUUGCUGUCUCUUGUUGAGCUGCACUGUUGAAGACCGCCGGUCGUGUUGAAGACCGCCGGUCGUGGUGAAGACCGCCGGUCGUGGUGAAGACCGCCGGUCGUGGUGAAGACCACCGGUCGUGUUGAAGACCACCGGUCGUGUUGAAGACCGCCGGUCGUGCUUCCGUCUUGUUCUGUUGUAAAACAAACCAGGUAUGGUGUAUUCAGGGGAGCAAGUGCACACUUCUUAAAAGGAGAUACAGAGGAGACGUGGAGCGCGCCCCCGCCGGGCUCGGGCGGUGUCUACUUGGUAGUUGCUGUUGGUUUUGACGUCCUUGUGUGCGAUGGCAAAGCGUACCGCACCGGGGGGACUGAGCUUGUGUCGGCGAACAGGCGUGGGUGUUUAAACAGCUUUCACAUACUUUCCUGUGAUUGUCCAAACGUUCUGACGCUCAUUAUGUUGUCCUAUUUAGAACGACCCCCCCCCCCGCCCUCCGCCCCCCACCCACCCACCCACCCUAGUCUUGGCCUGGAUGGCGGGUGAAAGAACUCCUAGCAGUUGGCAGCAGCAGCCUCUGUUUGACCCUGCCCUGCGUGAUCCAGGGAGAUUGAGGCGACCCGUGGAGACUUGGUGCUGUGGACCGUCUGUGUCUCUGAGUGGAAUGACUCUGAGAGGACUAGACACAGACACCGGAUGGUCCUCGCAGUUGGCCACACCUCCUUCUUGCAGGGGAAACUCGGGGAGACUCGCAGCCGUGCGGGAACUCGGCUGCUGAUGUGGAUGGACUUUGCCUCUGAGUUUGGACUGUGAACUCGACCAGUGAGCUUAGGUGUGCAUGAGGAGGGCUGAAAUCUGCCUGUUUUGUACAGACAGAAAGACACACACACACACACACACACACACACACACACACACACACAACAGGCGGACACAACAGACACACACACACAACAGACAGGAACAACAGACACACACGCACACAAGAAGACAGACACAACCUGGUUAGAGCGGAGCUUCUCUGUUGCUUGCCUUGAAUUAAGAAGUAUGACAUCACACGUGACAUCAGACACCUCCGCAGUCUUGUGUGGGUGGGGCGUAGACAAUGCCACCAUAGAAAGCACACACACACACACACACACACACACACACACACGCACACACCAACCACAGCAAGCAGAGUCAACAGUCCAGACCAUGGGAAGUCCCCCGUCUGCGCUGCGGUUUCGUGAUGGUUGGAGGAAGUGGGGUUGCCUGCCUGUAAAACCCCCUUCUGUCAUUUGAACACAGUCCAGAAGCCGGGCCGAGCGGAGCCUGUGCUGGGGCUGAAGUCCUGGUGUCCUGGACCUGAAGUCCUGGUGUCCUGGACCAGGCUGUAGUCGGCUCGAGUCCUCAUGUCUGUCCUCAGGACAUGCUGGAAUGAAGUCGGCUCUUUUUCAGGCAUAAAAGAAACAGUGACCACGUUUGACCUCCAGCGUCCUUACUGUCCUCGGCUGGAAAUGGACCCGCAGGGAAAUGUGGAGUUAGUGUGAUGCUGGUGGUUCCCCUGGGGGGGGCGCUGCCUGCCAGCAAGCCUUUGUAAGGAAACUUGUUUGUAGCAUGACAUGGUCGACGGCUCCUUGAUACACACCCAGCCGAAGUGCAGAAUGUCCAGGUUCCCCUGCCUGCCCGGCCUCCCCUGCCUUGCCUCGUGGCUCCUCGGUCAGACCCGUAGAACCAGGCUGCUCUGCGAGCAGGAGCUGUCACGCCUCCUUCCUGUCAUGGCGGGUUUAAUCAUUUACUUCAUAUUUUCAAGACAUAUUACUGUUACUAUGGUAAUAAUUAUUAUAAUAUUGUUAACAUGAGUAUUUCCUUGAUUAUUUUGUACCUUCUUGCCGAGGGCCCGCCUCUUGUGUGUGAAGCUCUGGAGCGCCCACCGGCUCCCGCCUGCGGCACAACGCUGCUGGCCUUCGCAGUCCUCCUUUUCCUUCCCUCCAGGUUUACCGCGCGGGUUCGUGUCUGGCCCGUGAGGACGUGGGGGCAGAAGAAGAGGCGGGUCCCGCAGCCCCCUUGUUGCAUUAUACUGAACAUGUUGCCGCUUUGUGAUCUUGUGUAUAUAUCUUUCUUUCUUCCUUUCUUCCUUUCUUCCUUUCUUUCAUUGCCUGGGAAGGGGGGACUGUAAGACAAAACAUUGUUAAUUGUUUAACCGUUGUAUUAUUUGAAAUUGAGCUUUCGCCUUUCCACUACUUGUCUCUCCAUCCCUCCUCCUCACUCCCUGAGGGGAGACGGAGAGACCUGUCACAGAGGAAUCAUCUGUCCCCCCCCCUCUCUCUCUCGUAUCCUCUCAUCUUCAUUUGUAAUUAAACAGUAAUCAGGGUUCAUUAAAGAAAAACAGGUAAA